UCUUAUAAUAUUUAUAAUUUCAGCACCAGGCUACACAAGCCAUAUGUAUUUUAAAUCCAAUAUCUGGAUAUUUUACGCUACAUGAAAAUGUAGAAGACGUUAGCGGCGAGAUAUUGAUAUUUGAAUUUUCCCGCUCUGUUUUCAACUAUACUGAUAGGAGUAGGAGAAAUAUCUAGAUGUGAUACGUGAAAUCUCACCUAUAGAAUUGGCAGCUCUGCUUUAAAUGGCUAUCUUUGCGCACGUGUUAUCUGUUAAUCGCUACUAAACAAAUAAUGUGCAUAUCUCGUAUAUAAUCUUGUAUUAUAUAUAUAAUUUGUAAUAUAUAUAUAUAAUUUUAUCUGCUGUACGAAGAAGUUACAUUAACUUUUCGUAAAUUAGUUGUGAUAGGAGUGUGGCGGCUUGGUGUUGGAGGAGCGUUGUCCACGAUAUGAAGAAUUUUUGGUGACGGAAAAAAGAUGUUGGCCGCGGUGGGAUUCGAACCUAGGUCCUCAGGUGUAUGAGUCUCGAGCGCUACCACUGCGCCAUGCGGGCCACGGUGGUUUUUCGUGUAUGUUUCUGCUAGGUAUUAGUUGUGUGAGCGGGGGACCGUCACAGGAGAAAGAUAAUUUCAUUCACAAUGACGACGUCAUUAGCAGCGCAACUUAAAAAACUGAGAACUCCGCAGACGAAUUUGUUGCUGCAGGAUAAGAAACGUCCCAGCUUGCUGUUUGAUCCGAAAGAAGCUGCGAAUUUGGACAGAGAUACUGUAUUGAGUAUUGGUCAGAGUGGUUUACAAGAAUUAAUAAAACGUUCUGUACUUUUUAAUGAUUUUCAAACGACAUUAUUUGCUCAGAGCUCUGUAAGCUUUGAAAGAGCUGUUUCAGAUGCUGAAGUGAACAAGAAACUGGAUGCAAAUAUUGCAAAAUUUUUAUUAUUAGCAACUCCUUAUUUUUUACUGAAUGCCUGUCACAAGGCAUUAGAAUGGCUGAUAUUCAGAUAUCAUAUUCAUCAAUAUAAUCGAGAUCAGUUUAUACUUUUGAUUCUGCCGUAUCAUGAAACUCGCAUAUUUGUUAGAGCUCUGCAAUUGAUAGAUUUAUCAGACGAAGCCGACAAGUGGCAUUGGUUAGCGCCUUUACAGAAGCAUGGAGUGCCACUAGCUUCUGCAACUCUCGUUAAUCAUUUGUGCUCAGACAAUGGACUCCUAAAUACAUUAUGCACUCAUGUCCAAGAAUGCACAAAGACUUACUCUAAUCAGGCAUCUUGCCUGACUACCUUAUACGCUAGUUAUACUACUGUAGUAUUAGGCGUACUCGAACAAAUGUCUACUGUCACUGAAAAUCAAGUGAACCACUUAUUGCAGACUCUUCUUGACGGCUUGAAAAGUCCCAUUCACAAUUUUGCCGCAAGCAGUUAUAUGAUCAUUUCGUUAUUGAUAAUGAAGGUAAAAUUCAAGGCUAAUACUAUAGAGAAGUUAUUGCUUAAUACUUUCAAAAAGACAUAUCUGAAGAAGGAAGCUACCAUCUUACUGUUUCAUUUCUAUCAAACACCAAUUAAUCGAUUGACUGUUGUACCGCGAGAACUGGUUUUCCAAUUGUCUGACCUGCCUUGGUUUCCCGAGACAAUUGUCGCAGUUCAUAAAUUGGUUAACACAUCACGAUUUAUUGUGCUUUUUCUUCAAGCUGCCUGCCAAAUUAUCGCUGAAGAUCCUGAAAGCACCACCAGUGUGCAGAAUAUGAUUGGCCACAUACUGAUACAAAUUAGACUCGAUGAUGAUACGGUGGAUGCUAUUUUAUCAAAUGUAUCAACGUGCGAAUUUCUCAAGACUGAGACUUCUAAGGUUGCAAAAGACUUCUUGGCGAAAUUUUAUCAGAACUUUGAGCAUAGUUAUCCGGAAAGUUUUGAUCGAUAUCUAAAAAAUUUGAUGAAACAGAGCGAAAAUGACAAAAAUUCUAAGCAGACGUUACAUUUUCUCAUUUCAUGGCCUUUCGGUACCACGGACACGCAGGAAUCUGUCGAGAUUCUGAACAAAUUGACACACGUCAACGCCAUGCAACGAGUGACCGCUCUCGAAAUACUCGCCAAGAACAAUGUGAGUGUGCCCGAGAGCUUUCGCGAUAUGAUGACGAGUACACUUCAGGCUAGAUUCUGCGACAGUAACGUUAACGUUGUAAAAACUCUACUGUCUUUUCCCACGAAGAAAUUGAUUAGCCUAUUACCCACAAGCACCCUCGUUGAUGAAUUGUUGGUUCUGCUAUCGACAUGUCACACGGAAUCGAGAAAACCAUUAGCUAAACCGGCUUUGAAGAUACUUUUAGAGCUUUGCGGAGAGAGUGAUGAUACAAGCGUCUUCAUCAUAGCUUUACCGUAUCUAUUCCCGGCCACAGAUGAAGACGUAGAAAUCGCUAUGGAGGUUCUUCACUCCAAUUUCGCUAAGAACAAUUGGUAUAUGCAACGCGUAAUAGAAGAUAUCAAUAAAUCCCAAUUGGUAAACGCCGAAGCGGUGUCUUCCGCCGCUUUCCACAAUAUCCUGAACUAUGAACUGCUACCACCCACGGAAAGCAUAAUGAAUUCCAUGCGACAACAAAUAUCGCACGGUGAUGCGGCAUCUCUAUUCUUCAACAUGAUCCUAUUAGGUUCGGUCUGCCGAGUACCUGUGGGUUCAAUGCCGGCUAAAACUGCACGGGAGGCUAUCGAGAUGGCCACAGAGAUGAUCAAGACGUAUUCACGUGUUCAAUUGCUGCGCGAUUGUAAUAACAUCACUGGCCACAACAUUCAAAUGGCAUUGAAGCUCACAUCUGAGGGAAUCCUGCCUCUUCAGGUAGGCACUUAUGUUCUUGAAAUGGUACACAGGCGGCUGAACAUCAAAUCCGAGUCGAAACUCAACUUCGACGACAACACAGAGCGAAGCAAUCUGAUUUUACGACUUCUAGAAAUUUUCAUCGAAGGCAUGAAUAAUCAUCAUUGGCAGAAACAUUAUUCCAGAUGUCUACAAAUCUUCUUUCAGCUGCACUUUGCCACGGUGAAAGAUCUCAUCUGUUUCCUCGCACAGCUCUACGUGAAACCCGUCAGUGUGCAGACGUCCUAUCAUUGUCUGCAGAUUUCCUUGCUGUUGCUAAAUCAAUGCAAAUCCGUCCAAUGGGCUUUUCAAGAUUUGGAUUUUGUAACCAAUUUAUUACUUUCACUGUCAAGACGUAAUAAUAAUUGCAGAACGGUGGCAUUGGAUAUUUUGAAAAAGCUAACACAGACUUUUAGCUUUAGCGCGGAGCCGUUUUUCGUAUUGCUUCAGAAAUUGGCAGAAAGAAGCGCGGAGAUCUCCCAGGAUCCUGACCAACUUUCACUGCAUCUCUACAUUCUUCUCUCGCCAGAUCCGGAUGUGUCUCAUCAAGUGAAACAACGCAAAAAAUUGCAGCAGGCUCAGAAAUUGCUCUUCGAUGUGGUGAUGCAGCAGGAUCAAGCAUCGAAGAUUCCCUUAGAUCGAAGAUCGCAGCUUCUUGAUAUCCUGAUACAUGUUAACAGCACUGAAAUCCUUCAGCGAUUGGCUCCGUUGGGACUGCAACUUCUACAAAAACUGAAGGAAAAUCCAAAAAAUCGAUCGGCUGGUAGUGCCUUACGAAAUAUACUACAGCGUUUCAACGGAAACACAAUUGAUGCUCUGAACGACGAGCAAGUGUGGUUGCUCUUUGAGACGAGCAUUCUGGAAUACGAGUCCUGCGCGGUUACGGAAUCCGGCGAGGAAACGUCGCCGAGUAUUGUUUUGCUGAGACAGAUUAAUUCCACAUUCUUCGAGAAUGCUGGCGACCUCCAGGCAAGGAUCCUGUCCAAAGUGUUGGACGUGGCAACUGAUUGCGAGAUUAGUAAUGUGAUUUCCGCCGUAGGCAAGGUGAUCCGUCGGAUCCGCAUCGAUGCAGCGAUCGUGACGUCAGAGUUGGAGGCGAUGAAGCUUAGCGGCAAGAAGGAAGCGGCGGACUUGGAAACGACAGCGACGAGUGUGACGAAGCGAAAGAAGCGGCAAAGUCAGAUCCAAUUAUCCCAUCCAGCGAUGGUUCACAGUCGGUCAUGGAAGCGCGGUGUCGCCUUGCUGGAAUUCGCGCAACAUGCCGACAUCCAACGUGAAGAGCUGCUUUACGGUGUACUGUUCGAUUUACUGAACAUCUGUCUGAGCUUGGAGGAACAGAGUCCGGUUGAAUACACGAAUCAAUUGAUCUUGUCGACGAUCCAUCGGCUAAUGAUGAAAAAAUUACCGGUGCGUGAUGCCGAUCUGCAAAUCGCUCUUAUCACCAAAUGCAUCAGAACGUCGCGUAAUCCGCAGACGCAUCAUCACGCGCUGUUAGUGCUGGUCGAGUUACUGAGGAGCGUGGAUAUGCGCCGUGCUCUCUUCAACAUCAUGCCCAUUUUCACAUUCAUGGGCAACACGGUGGUGCGACAGGACGAUGCCUAUUCUAUUCAGAUCAUUAUCAAGACUCUGGAGACGAUGGUACCGAUCGUGAAUGCGACCGACGAUGAGACGCACGCUUGCGAAUUGCUAAGAAUUUUUAUCGUUUCGUUACCACAUAUUCCCGAGCACAGGCGGAUGCCACUCUUCGUAAAAUUGUUACAACUCCUCGACAAUUAUUUAUAUUUGUAUUAUCUGUUGACUUUCGAAAGCCAUGUAAUGAAGUCCGAGCAUCCCUCGCAACGAUUGGAUUUUGCUCUUCAGGUGUCUCAGGAAAUUCCACUGCAACGAUUGCUUCAGAUUUGCGUGGAAGUGGUCAAAUUUAUCAAGAUCUUGCCGAUCGAUAUUGAAGAAGAGCAAGGUAGAAAAAUGGCGAUGAAGUUCCAAUACAAGCAUAUUUAUGACUUAACCAAGUCCACGCCGAAGAGCUUUCGACUCUACAAGAUAACGGCUAUCUUGUUUCUUAGCAAUCUUUUAUCGUCUCAGGACUUUAUCAAUCGCGUGGCCGUGUUAAGUCAGGAUGAGGCGAGUGAGAUGAAUCAGUACUACAAUGAUCUAGCAGUCGAAUUGAUCCUUUUAAUUCAGAGUACUUCGAAGAUCGCCGAUCAGCAUCAGAGCAAGCCAAGCGCCAAGUACUGGAAGGUGUUACUGCAUAAUUUGUAUGACGUUCUGGAUUUGGUGAACAGUCUGCUGCCGAACGCUCUGUUCCUGCAGAGCAUCAAGAAUUUACUAAAACAUGAACUGUUAUCGGUGAGGAGGAAGGCUUUGGAAUUGCUAAAUACAAGAUUACUUCAGAAAAAAUUUAGCGAGGAGGAUCACGUCAAUCUUUUGAGUUUGAUCAAAUCUUUGAUCGAUUUCCUCGAUGUUGAAGUGAAAGUUCCAGAGAACCAGGAACAACAAAUUCUACAACAGACAGUGUUAAUAUCUUUGAAGCUGCUGGCGAAGUUAUUGGCUGGUAAUCAUCCUGCCAUUUUUAAACCGAUCCUGGAUAUGACAACGGAAUUUUUGCGGUCGAAGGAUGGUCCAGUAUUAGCCAGUGCAGCAUUGUGCGUCGCGGAACUGUGCAGUUCUAUGCGAACGCAUGCUUUGCACUCGCUGAGUAAAUUCGUACCAGCAAUUUUGAAAUUACUAAAGACCCAUUGUCAUCAAAACGUGCCGGAUGUGAUAGUCAUUAGUAUAGUGAGCGCUUUGCAGAAAAUAGUGGAGUCUUUAGGAAACUUCUUAUCGCUCUACUUAGAUCAACUCUUGUCCGAAUUAACAAUGCUAAAUUCUCUAUACACCGACACGGAACAUUCCAAGAUUGGUGUCGUAGUUUCACGUUUGAAGGCGACGACACGAAAAUUAUCUAGUUGCAUACCUCUACGCGUGUUAUUGCCGGCUAUCAACAGGACUUAUGAAAUUCUGUUAAAUGACAAAUCUUACAAGUGUAUACCAUCACUGAUGAGUGUACUGGCCGAGUCCUUUGACAGCGUGCAGCCAGCAGAUUUGAAAGUGGAGAUUGAUAAUCUCGCUGAUUUCUUCCUCAAAGUUCUUCAAUUUCGCGAGAGCCUCGAAAAUGAUAUAGGGACGGAUGACAACAUGGAAAUUACCUUGAAAGACAUCGUCGCGGUUGAGGAGAGCGCCAGUAAGGCAUUCGUGUCACUAGUCUUGAAGUUGAGUGAAGUUACAUUUAGACCAUUGUACGGUAAGCUCUACGGAUGGGCAGCGAAUGAUACGCAACAUAAACACCGAAAUAUAACUUUCUACAGAUUAUCGGCAAAUAUAGCAGAGUGCUUGAAGUCUUUGUUUGUCCUAUUCGCUGGGCUCUUUUUAAAGCACGCGGCAUCGUUGCUAAGCAGUAACAAUACAUUCGUAACAGAUACUACACAGGAAUUGACGCUUCCCGAUGAAUUGAGCAGAAUCGAGCUAGUGGAAGCGAUUCUGCUGACGCUUCACCGAGUGUUCGGAUACGAUGCACACAACUUCGUCAGUCAGGACCGAUUUGAGAUUCUCAUGCAGCCGAUAGUGGACCAGGUGGAAAACACAAUGGGCACAAGGGAAGAGUACGAGAAUCGGGCUAGCCGGCUCAUCGUACCUUGUAUAGCUUCUUUUGCCAGCGCGAUUCCCGAUGAUUCAUUACAUAAACAACUAGUCUAUCAAACAUUGCUAAAGACAAGGCACGCAAAGCCUUAUGUCAGGAGCACCGCUUUGAAUGCACUGGUGGAAAUCGCAAGAAAACUUGGCGAAGAUUUUAUGCCAUUACUGCCGGAAACUGUACCGUUUUUGGCAGAGAUGUUAGAAGACGAAGACGAAACAACGGAAAAAUGUGCGCAGAAUGCUGUUCGUACUUUAGAAGAAAUUUUAGGAGAGCCUUUACAAAAAUAUUUUUAAGUGUUAACACUGAAAAUACGAAUAUAUAGUGAAAAUACGAAU